AUAGCGUAACAAAUUGUGGUUCGGAUGAAGUGACAAAAUGGCAGCUGACACUACUGAAUGGAAAAUAAAGACACUAAUACAAGAUUUAAAAGAUCAAUAUUCGAAGACAGUGAGAAAUAAUCCUGACACAGUAGCUCAGAUUGAAUCAGCUGUCAGAAUUUUGUCUUUUCUUGUCGCAGGUCGUUUUGAAAAUGGAGAAAUUCUUUCUGAAUUGAUAUAUUCAGCUUCCAAUCUACUUGUCUUCUUAAAUGACAGUGUCUUUAAAGCAGCUUCCAAAUAUGUUUCCAAAGUUGUGAAUGUAACAAAAGAAAAGAUAAAGAGAUGGCUUACAGUGUUAGAAUAUACAGAAGUGUUUCUGGAAAUGGCUGCCAAGAAGAAAUGGGGAACAAAAGGUGCAUGGAUCGUCAUCACAAUCAUACAAAUCAUGAAAACUGCAUUAAGAUUUUAUGUGUUGGUAAAAUUAGAUGGAGGUAUUGGUAGUACUCCUGCUAUACAACCUGUGGAUAGAGAAAUCCUAAAGACAGCAGAAGAUGAACAUGAUAAUCUGGAGGAUGCCUGGGAUGAGGAAGCAGCAUACAGUGCCCAGGAAAAAACCUUCACCUUACAGAGCUCUGGUCGACAAAUACGUACACUUCAAGCUGGUAAAUAUUUUAACUUGUAUAUUCUCCUAUAGUAUAUAUGUUAUCUG